ACUCAUCCCUAAAAGAAACGCCUUUUAUAACGACCAGAGAUGACAAACUUAAACCAUUCAACUCCGAUUCAAACUCACUGUCAAACUCAUAGAGAUCAAAUCACAGCUUAUGAAGAAUUUCUUAAUUCUGAUUUAAACAAAAUCAGGAAUGAAAGGAAUAAAAUUAGGAAACCUUUUGGGUUACUCUUCGAACUUCCUAGUCCAACAACAUCUCUUUUCUCGCUUUCUGAUCCUAAUACCACUAUAAAACCACUUGAACGAAAGCGUAAACCUGAUCAACAAUUACAACCAAAUAGAGUCUUAUUGGCACCUUCAGUCCUUUUGAUACCUCCUAUGAAGUCGCCUGUUAGAUUUGGAAAAGAUGAUAUAACUCUUCAAGGAAACCCACCUAGCCCAUCAUGGAUCAUAUAUUCAGAUGAUUCAUCAGAAGAUUCGAUCAAAAUUGAUGAAACAGAAUUUAAAGAUGGAAGUUAUGAAACUAUUAUUUCAGAAGAAGACAAGACAGAUGAAGAAGAAGACAAGGAAGUUGAAGAUGAGGAGGAUGAGGAGGAGGAGAAGAAUGACGAGAAUGAACCGAUCUUAUGGAACCUCGAUUCUCCAAGCUCAACUCGAAUCGAGACACUUACGCAAUGAUCAAAAUCAAUGAAAGUUACGCGAAUUGAUAUCUCGAUCACAUGCAGUCUUCUUCCAUAUUCUCUCAAAAGAUAUUAUCUUCUAAAACCUUUCACUUCGCUUUCAACGGACAAUUUCAUUUGAAUAUUUUUCUCUACUCUUGAUCAGAUUCGAAAGUUCUCUUUUUUUUCCUCUCUUGUGACCACGGACUAUACAUGUACCGCGUGAAGAUACACUAUUUUCUCUUUAUAUCUUUUUCCAAUAAUUGCUCUCGGUAUUGCUGUACGACGAGCUAUUGAUGUAUUUGUUGUUUGACACCUCGGUGUUUUGAUGAUGAUAUGUUCACGAUGAUGAUGAUUUGAUGACGAUACUAACGAUGUGAUGACGAUAUUAAUGAUGUGAUGACGAUAUUCAUGUGAUGAUGAUGAUGACUGUGAUACUACUCUAUAUAACUAUACACGUAUUUUUAGAGUUAUAUAUUUUUUCUUGUUUUAACGAUUAGCUCCAAAUGUCUUGAAUUGAUUGAUUGGCCUCUGCGAAGAGUUUAUUCAGC